AUGGACGGCAUCAAGAAGACGUUUGCGCAAUGCAAGAAGGAGGGCAGGUCUGCUCUCGUCACCUAUGUGACUGCAGGUUUCCCUACCGCAGAGGAGACGCCAGACAUCAUGAUGGCCAUGGAGGCGGGAGGCGCUGACAUCAUCGAACUCGGCAUGCCCUUCACCGACCCCAUCGCAGACGGCCCGGCAAUCCAGACCGCGAACACACAAGCCCUCAAGAACGGCGUCAACAUUGGCAGCGUCCUCCAGAUGAUCCGCGAUGCGAGGAAGCGGGGUCUCAAGGCACCCGUCCUUCUUAUGGGAUACUACAACCCCCUGCUCAGCUACGGCGAGGAGAAGAUGCUGCAGGAUGCAAAGGAGGCCGGAGCCAACGGCUUCAUCAUGGUCGACCUGCCACCUGAGGAGGCUCUGCGCUUCAGGAACUUCUGCCGCAGCUAUGGUCUCUCUUACGUUCCGCUUAUCGCACCCGCUACGUCCGAGCACCGCAUGCGCGUCCUCUGCAAGAUCGCCGAUUCCUUCAUCUACGUCGUGUCUCGCAUGGGCGUCACUGGCGCCUCCGGUACCAUGAACGCCGCUCUUCCCCAGCUGCUCGAGCGCGUCCACAAAUACUCUGGCAACGUCCCGGCUGCCGUCGGUUUUGGUGUCAGCACACGCGACCACUACCUGAGUGUAGGCAAGAUUGCUGAGGGUGUCGUCAUCGGUAGCCAGAUUAUCAACACAUUGCUCAAGGCUGAACCAGGAACGGGCGCAAAGGCAGUCGAGAAGUACUGCGACGAGAUCUGCGGCAAGAGCACCCGCGGUGCGCCUCGGGAGGUCGGUAUCAUCGAGACAUUGAACGAGGCCAAGGAGCCUACCAACGUGCAUGUCGACAAGGUUAUUACCGACAAGGACACACCGGACGGUCCUGGCCUGGCUGAUCAGCUGGAGAUGCUCAACACUGAUGACGCUAACGGCACCAACGGUACACACGAACAGAAUGGAUUUGACGAGAAGCACAAGUUCCCCGCACGAUUCGGCGAAUUCGGUGGUCAAUACGUUCCUGAAUCGCUUAUGGACUGUCUCUCUGAGCUCGAGGAAGGUUUCAAUGCAGCCAUCGAAGAUCCCAAGUUCUGGGAAGAAUACCGUUCUUACUACGACUGGAUGGGUAGACCAGGUCAUCUGCAUCUUGCGGAGCGCCUUACUGAGCACGCCGGAGGUGCCAACAUCUGGUUGAAGCGAGAGGACUUGAAUCACACUGGAAGUCACAAAAUCAACAACGCACUCGGACAGGUGCUCAUUGCCAGGAGACUUGGAAAGACUGAGAUUAUUGCCGAGACUGGAGCUGGUCAGCACGGUGUUGCAACGGCCACGGUAUGCGCCAAGUUCAACAUGAAGUGCACCAUCUACAUGGGAGCUGAGGAUGUCAGGCGCCAAGCCUUGAAUGUGUUCCGCAUCAAGUUGCUUGGUGCACAGGUUGUUGCUGUCGAGGCUGGUGCUCAAACCCUGCGUGAUGCAGUCAACGAGGCAAUGCGCGCCUGGGUCGUCCACCUCGACACGACUCACUACAUUAUCGGAUCUGCCAUCGGCCCUCAUCCUUUCCCCACCAUUGUCCGCACUUUCCAGUCCAUCAUCGGAAACGAGACCAAGGAGCAGAUGCAGGCGAAGCGUGGCAAGCUUCCCGAUGCCGUAGUCGCUUGUGUUGGUGGUGGCAGCAACGCCGCAGGAAUGUUCUACCCCUUCUCCAAGGACCUUUCUGUCAAGCUUCUCGGUGUCGAAGCUGGUGGUGAUGGUGUCGACACCGACCGCCACAGCGCGACUCUCUCAGCCGGAAGCAAGGGUGUGCUCCACGGAGUCCGUACUUAUGUUAUUCAGAACAAGCACGGACAGAUUAGCGAGACUCACUCCGUCUCUGCUGGUCUUGACUACCCUGGUGUAGGACCUGAGCUUGCCAGCUGGAAGGACAGCGACCGUGCCAAGUUUAUUGCUUGUACAGAUGCCGAGGCCUUUAUUGGCUUCCGUCUCUUGUCACAGCUCGAGGGUAUUAUCCCCGCGCUGGAGACAUCGCACGCCGUGUUUGGUGCUAUUGAGCUGGCAAAGACGAUGAACAAGGACCAAGACGUUGUCAUUUGUGUGUCUGGACGUGGUGACAAGGACGUGCAGAGUGUUGCUGAGGAGCUGCCCAAGCUGGGACCCAAGAUCGGCUGGGAUCUGAGGUGUAAUCUGAACGACGACGUUGUCUGUACGAGUGACGAAAGCGCAUCCACAAUGUCCAGCUACCAGGCCGAGAAAGAGCUCCAGGAACUCGACACACGCCCAGAACAGCCGCACAGGGAGAGCAAGAGAGAACAGAAGCGACGGGAGAAGCUCGAGCAGCUUCGCGAGGCCCAAGAGAUGAAGUUCUCGCACAGUCUGCAGUUUAAUGCUGUGCCCGACUGGAGCAACCACUACAUCGCCUAUAGCAAUCUCAAGAAGCACAUCUACAGCCUUGAGACACAGCUCAACCAGAAGCAGGCGCACACCGACGCCGAGUCGUCACCACUCCUCAACGGAGAUGCCGACGAUCCAGACAAGAUCUUUACCAAUACCCUCGACACCGAACUAGAGCGCGUCACGUCCUUCUACAAGCUCAAGGAGAAUGAAAUCUUCGACGAGAUGGAGGCCCUGCUCAAGGACGAGGAGUCGUUCGAAUACCACCAGGACGAGUACAAUGAGGAGAAUGAGAAUGCGCCGCCGGGCAAGAAGAUGCGCAGCGGGAGUGUGUUCAAGGCGAUUGGCUUCCACCGACCGCGGGCCAUGAGCGGGGCAAGCGGACGGUCAACAGAUCACGGCGCAGACGGUGACGCAUCCGGCGACGACUCCGAGGACGAAGACGCCGACGAGACUGCGCGGCUUCGCAAGAAGAGCCCAGACGGCCAGCGGCGACGAAGACGGACAAUCGACGAAGACAUGGCAGCCUCGCACGCCUCCUCGCGACGGAAGACAAGCGUCGCAUUCGAAGACUACAACGACAUGGCCUUCUCCGCGCUGUACGAAGAAGGCGUAUCGCUGAAGAAACGCCUGGUUAGCGUAUACGUCCUACUGUGCGAACUCCGCUCCUUCAUCCAGCUCAACAAGACGGGAUUCGAAAAAGUGCUGAAAAAGUACGACAAGAUCAUGGACCGCAAGCUCAAGAAGACAUAUCUGAGCAAAUACGUUUACCCCGCCUAUCCCUUCCAGCAGAGCACCAUGGACGAGCUGACGCGCAAUCUCGAGCGCAUGGAAUCCGCCUACGCGCAAAUCGGCACAAAAGGCGACAUUGCCGAGGCGAAGCGCGAAUUGAGAUUACAUCUGCGCGAACACGUCGUCUGGGAACGGAAUACGGUCUGGCGAGAGAUGAUUGGAAUCGAGCGGAAAGCGCAAGCGGCGAAUAUCGGUAUCAGCCAUACACUGCUUGGACGCGAUACCACGGGUGGCAAGAUACGGCGGCAGGGCGACGACGUCGAGUCGGAUAUGAAGGAGGUGGAUACGCCGAUUGGGCGAUACCGGUGUCCGCAAUGGCUGCUCAGCAGGACGUUUUGGAUCCUGCUGAGUUGUAUUGCCGUGUUUGUUGUGUUGCUUGUUGUGCCCAUUAUGGAGGCGCCUGAGCAGCAGAAUUGUCUUGCCAUGGUCAUCUUUGUCAGUUUACUGUGGGCUACAGAGGCUAUACCCCUCUUCGUCACGUCCCUUCUGGUUCCUUUCCUUGCUGUGACGUUGAAUGUCGUCCGAAGCGAUGUCGAACCUCACAAGCGUCUGGAAUCAAAGGCCGCAGCGUCAUACGUCUUCUCUGCCAUGUGGACGCCUGUCAUCAUGUUGCUGUUGGGUGGGUUUACCAUCGCGGCUGCGCUGUCAAAGUAUAAUAUUGCUAAGAUGAUGGCUACACUUGUUCUUAGCAAGGCUGGAACCAAGCCAAGGACUGUGCUGUUGGUCAACAUGUUUGUGGCCAUGUUUGCUAGUAUGUGGAUUAGCAAUGUCGCAGCGCCUGUGCUUUGCUUCUCCAUCAUCCAGCCUAUCCUUCGUAAUUUGCCUGCCGACUCCGACAUGACCAAAGCCCUCCUCAUGGGCAUCGCCCUCUCCUCCAACAUAGGCGGUGCCGCUUCCCCCAUUGCGUCCCCCCAGAACCUAAUCGCACUGCAGAACAUGCACCCGGAGCCUUCCUGGGGCAUAUGGUUCUUCGUCGCCUUGCCCGUGUGUAUCAUUUCCAUCCUGCUCAUCUGGGUCUUCCUCCUGGCUACUUUCCAACCCGGAAAAGGGCCGUCCAUUGUUCCCAUCCGGCCGCUCAAGGACAAGUUCACGGGUGUGCAGUGGUUCAUUACCAUUGUCACCGUCGUGACCAUUGUCUUGUGGUGCGUCAGCCACCAGCUUGAAGCUACGUUUGGUGACAUGGGCGUCGUAGCCAUCAUCCCCAUUGUCCUCUUCUUCGGCACGGGUAUCCUCACUAAAGAAGACUUCAACAACUUCCUCUGGACCAUCAUCAUACUCGCCGCCGGCGGCCUUUCGCUCGGCAAAGCAGUCAACAGCUCCGGUCUCUUACACACCAUUGCCCUUUCCAUUACCGCUGGCGUGGAAGGAAUGAGUCUGUACGGCGUCCUCGUCACGUUUUGUGCCUUAAUUCUCGUCGUGGCCACCUUCAUCUCGCAUACCGUUGCCGCGCUCAUCGUGCUGCCCCUUGUGCAGCAGGUGGGGCAGCAGAUGCCGGAGCCGCAUCCGAAUCUACUCGUCAUGGGCGCUGUGUUGAUGGCGAGUGGGGCCAUGGGCUUGCCGACGAGCGGGUUCCCGAAUAUGACGGCCAUUAUGAUGGAGGAUCAGAGGACGGGCCAGAGGUACCUUGCUGUCAAGCAUUUUUUGACCAGGGGUGUUCCCGCGAGUAUUAUGACGUUUGGGGUUAUUGUUACGGUGGGGUAUGGAUUGAUGCUUGCGGUUGGGUUUUAA